AAUCCUACCUUAAGCGUGUACAGUUUUCGGUUUUCCUGAUCAGCCCCGUCUUGUCCCUAUAAAACCAAAGCCAGAAGCUUGGAAUCGACAGGCACAAAGCCAUUAACGCACCUCUCUCUCUCUCUCUCUCUCUGUUCUGCAUUUCAUUUACGUCCACGAAUCAAAUCCUAGAUAUUUUUUCUUUUUCUCGCAUGCCAAACGCGCAUUUUCUUCUCUCUUCAGCUCAUAAUCGUGGAUAAGAUUUCGAAACCUGAUUGAAGUUACCGCAUCAAAAAGCGAAAUGGAGUCUGUACGCACCACGAGUAAUCCCCAACUGCGCAGAGGUCUUUGCUAUUCAGAUGCCGAGCGAAAGCCAUCUGUCAUUGUCAUUGGCGGGGGUAUGGCUGGAAUUGCAGCUGCUCGUGCUCUUCAUGAUGCCUCAUUUCAGGUUGUCCUGUUGGAAUCGCGGGAUAGGAUUGGUGGUCGUGUUUUUACAGAUUACUCCUUUGGUUUUCCAGUUGACUUGGGUGCAUCAUGGUUGCAUGGAGUAGGCAAAGAGAAUCCCUUGGCACCAUUGAUUGGGAGACUAGGGCUACCAUUAUAUCGUACCAGUGGUGAUAACUCUGUUUUGUAUGAUCAUGACUUGGAAAGCUAUGCGCUCUUUGAUAUGAAUGGGAAUCAAGUACCUCAGGAUUUAGUCACUAAAGUCGGUGAAGCAUUUGAGAGAAUUUUGGAGGAGACAGAUAAAAUAAGACAGGAAUCUAGCGAAGACAUGUCCAUAUCCCGUGCCUUUUCGAUUGUUUUUGCAAGGAGCCCAGAAUUGAGGUUGGAGGGGCUUGCCCAUGAUGUCCUUCAGUGGUAUUUAUGUAGAAUGGAAGGCUGGUUUGCUGCGGAUGCUGACACCAUCUCACUAAAAUGUUGGGAUCAGGAAGAACUACUCCCUGGUGGUCAUGGGCUUAUGGUAAGGGGCUACAUUCCAGUUAUAAACACUCUUGCCAAAGGUCUCAACAUCCAUUUGGGCCACAGGGUUACAAAGAUUGUAAGACGUUAUAAUGGAGUAAAGGUAACGGUAGAAAAUGGGAGAACAUUUGUUGCAGAUGCUGCCAUUGUUGCUAUACCACUUGGGGUGCUGAAAACAAGAAGCAUAAAGUUUGAGCCAAAGCUCCCUGAGUGGAAGGAAACAGCCAUUGCUGACCUUGGCGUAGGGAUUGAAAAUAAAAUAGUUUUGCACUUUGAAAAGGUGUUCUGGCCAAAUGUGGAGUUCUUGGGUGUAGUUGCAGAGACGUCUUACGCGUGCAGCUACUUCCUAAAUCUUCACAAGGCUACUGGUCACUCUGUCCUGGUUUACAUGCCUUCAGGGCGGCUAGCCAAAGACAUUGAGAAAAUGUCUGAUGAAGCUGCUACUAAUUUUGCUUUCAUGCAACUCAAGAGGAUCCUUCCAAAUGCUUGUGCCCCAAUUCAGUAUCUUGUUUCUCGGUGGGGCUCAGACAUUGACUCACUUGGCUCCUAUAGCUAUGAUACAGUAGGCAAAUCCCAUGAUCUGUUUGAGAGGUUAAGGAUCCCGGUGGAUAGCCUAUUCUUUGCAGGGGAGGCUACUAGCUCAAACUUCCCAGGGUCCGUGCAUGGUGCUUUCUCAACCGGAUUGAUGGCUGCUGAAGAUUGCCGGAUGCGGGUCUUGGAACGUUAUGGGGAGUUGGAUCUGUUCCAGCCAGUCAUGGGUGCGGAGACAGCAAUGUCUGUCCCAUUAUUGAUCUCCCGAAUGUAACUAUUAGGGUACACCGCCUCCAUAUCUUAUUAAGGAUACAGUAGAUAUGUUAAUUAGGGGAUCCAAUUAACACAUUAUUGCCAUUUUGAUUGGCUCUGAUGGGAAAUGGAAAUGCAUUUUCCAUGGACUGACGAGUCAAAUGUUGGUUGA